AUGGAAAAGGAGGCAAAGGGCAAGGUAAAGGAGGCGCCAAGCGACAUCGUGAAGUGCUCUAGAACAGCAGGCAAGGGAUGGCCAAGCAGAAAUUCGGGAGGUUCUGAAGGUGUUCGUCAAAAACGUGAUACGGGAUGCGAUGAUCUACAGUGUAUAGGCGAGGAGAAAGACGGUGACGGCUGUGGAUGUGGACUAUGCUCUCAAACGGCGUGGACUUACGCUGAGCCGUCUCGGAGGGCAGUCAUAUGGCAUCGAUAA